AUUCUCGCCAUGAUUGCGUCAGCGAUGAGAUUUCGGCUUCCGUUAAAUACGGCCGAGUCCGAGUCCUUGCUCGCGAUUCUGCAUACAAUUUCGAUACAGUCAUUGAGCGCUCCUGUGUAGAUCGAAAUCAUGGGCUCAACCGCCAACAGCACUGCCGUCCAUACCUUGGAUCUGACCGUCCUUGGUCUGAACAGCGGGACGUCAAUGGAUGGCAUCGACUGUGCCCUUUGCCACUUCCGCCAGGAGACUCCUGAGUCGCCGAUGCACUUUGAGCUGCUCAAGUAUGGGGAGAUCCCGCUGGAGCCGGUGAUUAAGAGACGGGUGAUGAACAUGAUUCUGCACAACCGAACGUCGCCAUCCGAGUUAUCAGAAGUCAACGUGAUCCUAGGCGAGACGUUUGCAUCGGCUGCGCGUCAAUUUUGUAAGGACUACCACGUCGAUAUUGACUCGAUCGAUAUAUUGGGUUCCCACGGCCAGACGAUCUGGCUACUCUCCAUGCCUGAGCCAGGAGAGACUCGGAGCGCAUUGACAAUGGCUGAGGGGUCAUUCCUCGCCUCGCGUACUGGUAUAACCUCAGUGACAGAUUUCCGUGUGAGCGAUCAAGCUGCUGGGCGCCAGGGCGCUCCGCUUAUUGCAUUUUUUGACGCGUUACUACUGCACCACCCAACCAAGCUGCGUGCCUGCCAGAACAUCGGCGGCAUCGCUAACGUGUGUUUUAUACCGCCAGACACCCACGGCGGUGUGAAUGAAUGCUACGACUUUGAUACUGGCCCAGGCAAUGUCUUCAUUGAUGCCAUCGUGCGCCAUUACACUAAUGGGGAGCGGGAAUACGACAAAGAUGGUGUGAUGGGUGCGCGUGGUACAGUUGACCAGGAGCUUGUUGAUGAUUUCUUACAGCACCCAUAUUUUGCCCUUGAGCCGCCCAAAACUACGGGACGUGAGGUUUUUCGGGAUACGCUCGCCCAUGAAUUUAUCACUAAGGCUGAGGCCAAGGGUCUUAGUCCUGAUGACGUCGUUGCCACUAUCACCCGAGUUACGGCCCAGGCUAUUGUGGACCACUACCAUCGCUAUGCCCCGAAAGGCCUCGAGAUUGCAGAGAUCUUUAUGUGCGGUGGCGGAGCGUAUAACCCUAACAUCACGUCGUUUAUCCAGAAGCACUAUCCUAGUACGCGUAUUAUGAUGUUGGACAGUGCAGGUAUUCCCGCUGGCGCCAAGGAGGCCAUCACCUUCGCCUGGCAAGGUAUGGAAGCUGUGGUGGGCCGCUCUAUUCCUGUUCCCACGCGCGUGGAGAACCGCCAGGAAUAUGUGCUUGGGAAGGUGUCUCCAGGCAAGAACUACCGCAAGGUUAUGCGCCACGGUGCACUUUUCGGUGCUGGUCGCGAUCAUCUCCCCCCAGUGAAGGAGCUGGUCAACUACGUCGACGGCAAGGUUUUCAACAACAAGUGGUAAAUGAGGAUCUAGGAAACUUAAAUUACUGAGUUUUCCUUGUACGGAAUGAGAGCGACACAUUGUACUUUAGAGAGUUCAUGGUCUAGACACAUCUAACAUUCAUGAAUGCACAAGCC